UUAGACGCGCGUUGACAUGGAUACCACUGUACCACAUGGUUGCCGAUUUUACGCGUUAAGUGCACGUUUAUACCCUAAUCAUUCGAGUGUUGCUUUCUGUCGAAGAUGGACGUUACAGAUGCAAUUUGUUUAUGGAUGCUAUAUCGAAGAAGACAGCAUAAUAGACAAAAAGAACGAAUAUAAUGUGUACAGCAAUUGUAUAGUAAUUGUAAACACGCGUUUGACUAACGUGCGAUAACGCCUGUCAUGUGAACUAGCUUAUGGUUUCAUUGUUUACAAAAUGUCGACGGAAAUGAUAUGUGUGGGUAUCAUUAUUUUAGCUUAUGCUAUCAAAAAGGAAUUGAUGGUACUGUUUGUACAAAUUAAAAAAUUGUACAAUAUUACUUGUGUUACACUUCAUUUUAACAGUAGUUUUACACAAAUGUCGAUAAAGAAAAACGUAUUAGUUUAAUAUUAAUUUUAUAAUUGAGACGUACAUAUUCACAACGGUAAAUUAUUUACACACUCAUAUUUAUUUAGUAUUUACAGAAAAUGUAUUUAAAUUUUUUUGUUUUCAAUGUAAGAAUGAGUUUCUAAGUGCACAUUGUUAACCAACAAUUGUCACAAUCAUAGAAUAUUAUUAUUAUUAUUUUUUUUUUAGAAUGAAGCUUUUAAAAUUAUUCAUUUUGAUGGUCUCUGCUAUAGUCACAAUCAACUGUGAAGAUUUUAUUUUCAAUCUGAAACAAAAAGGAAAAGUUAUCCAGUUUGAUAUUACUAGGUAAUUUAUACUAUAUUAUACCAUUGACUAUAAAUCAACGAUUAUGCUUACAUCUAAAUAUUAAAAUUGUUUUUUCAGUUAUGAUGAACUGCAAUCAGUUUAUUCUUCUGAUAAUGUAAAUAACAUUACAAUUAAAUUUAAAGGUAUAUCUUGUAAUGGAUUUAGGUCCAAAAUUUGUUUAAUUAAAAACAACAAACAUGAAAUAGAUAUUGGAUCCAAAAUUAAUGGUAAGUGUUAACAACUUUGAAAUUUGUUAUAUAUAGACUUAGACACUUCUAACUCAAAUUAUAUUUUGAAAGGCCAUAAUAAUAUUUAUGAUUAUGAUUAAAAUUUAAUAUUAUAAUUUGAAAAAAAUUCUACAUUAUACUUCAGUGUUUUGUUUUUGACCACAAAGUAUGACGUCAAUAUAUGUUAUACUACAUACCUAUUUUUCCUAUAUUUUUUGAUAGUUUUCCUUAAUUAUUAUGAAAAAUUUUGGGAAAAUUAAAAAAUGAUAAAUAUAAGAUAUCACUUCAAUAAAGUUUCUUUUGAGAAAAAGCUACCUACUACACUUAAAAAUCGAAGCCAGAUUUCUGGUAUAAAAGUUGUUCAUAGAAAAAUAUGUGAUAUUUGUCAUACUAAAACCAAUACCAGAACAACCAAAUAUGCACUAAAAUAUGCUAUAAAUAAAUGUUUUUUAUUGAAAUUGUUUACUAAAAAAUUACCUAUUUUUUUAAUUUAUUUUAUUAUUAAUGAUAUUUAUGUAAAAACUUUGUUUUAUGAUGAAUAAUUUGAGAGUUAUCGAUCAAACUCAAUGAUUGUUAACUAAAGUAAUUAUUUUAUAACAGUUUAUUCGACUGUUAUAACAUGUCAGUGUCAUGAAUACAAUUGUUUUAAAUGAUUUCACUUAAGUAUAUAACGUAAUAUGAACUGCAUUUAUUUUAACUUUUGUUUCUUUAUUAUGGUAUACCAAAUUUUAAUUAAAUUUUCGUUUUUUUUAGAAGUGAAAUUAGAUGUCAAAAAUCAACUCUUUAUGUCUUUGGAAGGAAAUACUUUAUGCACAAAUAAUAUAAAAUUUACUACAGAUAUAACAUUUGUUUGUGACAGAAAAGUAAGUUUCCAUAUUUAAUCAAUAUAUUACUAACUGAAAUUUUAAUUUACUGAGUUCGUUACUUUGAUGAUAAAUAUGACACAUAUCAAUCAUGUAUUCCAUUAUCUUUUCCUCUACAUAUUUACAUUCUGCUAGUCCAUUGAUAUAUUCCCUCAAAAAAUUGAUGGAAAACACUACAUCAUUAAUAAAUAAGUUAAAAAGUGGAGAACGGUGAUCACCUUGAGGAACUCCGGUAGUUAUCUUUAUGGGAAUUUAUAAAAAACUUUUAUACUUAAGGUGCCUGGUACUGAUGUUGUUUUGCCUACAAAAAUACACUUUACGGAAAUAGAGAUACUGUUCAGUAGAAUCAAUUAAAUUAAAUUUUUUUUUUGAUUAUUAAUAGAGGGAAAUAUUCUACAGCCCACAUAGAACUCUGUUUUUUUAAUAUUUUAUUCGUAACAUCAAUAAUAAGUUUUUUUAAGUCAAUUUUAUUUCUCAAUUAUUUUUGAUUUAUUUGAAAUUGGAAUUAAAAAAUUGACUAGUACAAGACUUCUCUGGUCAGAAGCUUGAAAGGUGUUUCGAGCCUAUUUAAUAUUUCUGAAGAUAUAUUUAAAGUCAUUCUUUCAUGUAGUUUAAAUCAUUUACAAAGUAGGGAAAUGGGUCUAAAAUUUUUAUGGUUGUUCGGUGGUUUUCUUGGUUUGAGUAAGGCUAUUAAAUUUGUCUUUAUCCAUUUUUUUGGUAUUUACAAAGGGUCAAUGUUGGUUAUUUGGGAUGGGGUUACAUAUGUGUUUAUGCAUUGACUUCUAGGUGUGACGCUACGGUUUUAGGUCAUGAAUAAGCAUUAGGUCAUUUGAUUCAACACAUUGUUCUACUUUUAUUCUAUCUUCAUUUACUAGUUAAUUGUAUCCUCAGUUUGUACUGUGAAUUUUUUAGUCGCCCUCUAUAAUGUUGGGUAUUUUGUUUGUGGUAAAAUGGUUUUAUUAGAGGUUUGUAUACUGAUGUAAUUUUACAGUUUGGUAAGGUAAAGUGUAAAUACUCGUAAUGGAUUUCUAUGUUUGUUAGAUUCAACCGAACUUAAUAGUUAGGUCUGGCUUGGAGAAAAUAGUCCUCAAUAUUUCUUAUAUGGUACUUAUAUCGCUAAGUUCAUGCCCUGAAUCUUAGGGUGGAUAUGUCCCUGUGUGUCUCCUGAAUACAAAGUAUAUCUCAUUUAUAUUUGAUAUAUAAUAAGUAAUAAUUAGUUUGGUAUUAUUCGGUUUGAAGGCUGUUGAAGCUAUGAAGCUUAGGUAUACAUACUUGUAUUAUGUUAUAAUUUAUUUUCAGGUAACUCAAAAUAAUAUUACUAUUAAAUCAGAUUUAAAUAGUUGUAAAUAUAUUCUAGAACUAAUAUCUAUAACUAGUUGUCCAGUAGAUGACAUAGAUAUACAAAAAGUUUGCAAUGUUAAACAGUUAAUACCUCAUAGCUUUUAUAGGUAAAUAUAUUUUUGUAAUUUGUUUAAAGUAUAAAGAAAUAAAUAAAUGUACAAUACCUAUUUAAAUUAAGUUCGAUAAAAUUGAAUUCCUUUAUAAAAUUAUAUUAUUAUAUUAGCAGCAUAAAAAAAAAAUACAUGCAUAGAUUUAUGACCUAAAAAAUAUUCUUAAAAUACUGUAAAAAAAAACCAAAACAUUUUCAGUGAAAUAAUACCAUUAAAAAUGAACCAAAAAUGAAAAUACAGUGCAAAAUAUAAAUAUAAAAGUGCUAUCCUGUCAUAUGCAGUUUACCACACAAUGCGAUUUACCAACAAUUAUGAGACACUUAUUGUAUAGGUACGUUCUACUAUGCGAUUAUGAUAGUAUUUAUAAUUUAUUGACUCAUCAAAGAUUAUCAAUAUCCUUGCCUACAUGCUACCGUCAACCACAAACUGUAGUUUCUAAUUUGCUUUUGGACUGCAUAUGACAAUAUAGCCAUUAUAAAUAUUACUUUUGAAGUAUUUUUUGUUUGAAAUUAUGUAUUAAAAAUAUUAAUUAUGUUAUUUGGAAAGCAUUGACUUAGUCACUUCCAAAAAAUUAUAUUUUGCAUUGAAAUCUGAGCUUCAUAGGUACAUAUAGCUUCAUAAUAGGUACAUAGAGAUCUAAUUCAUGUAUAAUUUUGUUUUUUAUACUCUGAAAAAUUGAAUAAUUUAAAUGUAUUUAGCAAUCAUUUGUUUGUAUUAUCACAUAUCUGAAUUAAUUUAAUAUAUUUUAAGGGUUAACUUCAAUAGAUUACGACGUUUAACCACUAACUAUUACGUUGAAAAUAAAAACCGUCAUUUUGAAGUCAAUAUUUGUGGCCGUUUAACUUAUAGUAGUAAAUGUAAGGGUAAUACUACCACAAUAUGUGAUAUAACUAAUUUAAAUGAUCCUAAAGUAUUUGCUGUUGGGUAUAGUAUAAAUGAUAAACUAAUUUUUGAUGAUAAAAGUAAACAUUUUAAAUUAAUACAAUAUGAAAAAGCUGUAAAACACCAUAAAAAAGGUAAGUAUAAAUAGAAAUAAUUACAAUUAUAUUUUAAAUUGGAACAUAUAAUUUUUUAAAAGGUAGAAAAAUUGAGAUUAUUUUUAAAUGUAAUGAAACUAUAUCACCUGAAAAGACAAAACCAGAAUUUAUCAGUGAAGAGAAUUUCAAAAACAAUUCUAAUAAUAUUGCUUAUUUUGAAGUAGCUACAUCAAUAGUUUGUAUACCAAGAAAAGAAUUAUGUGAGGUAAGCUUUCUGAAUUAUAUUUGCUCAUACUAAACUAUUGUGUAUAUUAAGAAGUUUAUUAAGGAGGCAUUUAAUUUUAAAAUGUAUUAUAUUGUUUUUAUUUUUAUUAUAAUUUGGUAUUACCUACUUACUAUAAUUAUUAAUAUUAUUGAUUUAUUCUGCUAAAUUAUAGUAUUAAAUAAGAAAUAUUUAUAUACCAUAUAUUUGUUUAAUUUAUUUUAAAUUUAUCUUAAAUUACUACCUAAUUAGUUUAUAAAUUACCUUAUUUAUGGAAUUGUAUUUAUUACAUUGAACAUAAUGAAACAUUGUUUAAUUUAAUUUUUUGAGUAUUUUAAAUUUUAAAAUAAUAAAUAAUUGCAUACUAUUAUGAUUUUUUUUUCAUAGUUAAUUUAUUUAAAUGAACGCUUUAAUUUAAAUCCUUUGCAUAAGCGUGUGGGAAACAUCAUAGUGCCCAAUGAAAAAUCCGGUGGACUUUUUUAUCUUAAUGUUUGCAGCUAUUUAAAUCAAUAUAAUGAAAAAAUUCCAACUUCCUGUACAGGUUACUUUAUAAAAUGAUAUGGCUUUAUUUUUAUAAUGUAUGCUUAUAAUUUAUUAUUGUGGAUUUUCUUGAGGUAGGUAAAACUUCAGCAUGUUAUGUGGAUCCUACAGGUAAAGGAAUUUCUAUUGGUUCUACUCAAAUUGGACCAUAUUACACAGGAAAUUCGUUGUUACUAAAUUAUACAGGUACAUAGAUUUGUUAACAAUUUGUGAUAUAUGUACUUAUCAAUUUAAACAUUUAAUAUUUGCAGAUGGAGCAAAUUGUGUGGAUUCUGUAAAGUGGUCGACAAUAAUUAAUUUUACUUGUUCUGAUGAGUCACUUUUAAUUUACGAUUCAACAAAUUCAAAUUAUUGUGUACAUGUAUUUCAAUGGAAAACCCAUACAGCUUGUAAAAUAUUGGUAGUUAUAAAUUUAACAUUAAUUAAAAAGAUAAAAAAUAAUAACUAUUUUUAUAAUGUUUUGUUAGUUUGAAAAAAAAAAUCACUGUAGUGUUACACAUCCGAAGUUAACUGGAACAUUGUACAAUUUAAAUAGCUUAAAAAAUCAGAGUUUUGAUUAUGAAAUCAAUGAUUAUGAAAAUAAUACACAGUUUUAUAUAAGUAUCUGUAGGCCAUUGCGAACACCUUGUAAUGGUAAUGUGGAUUCUGCAGUUUGUUGGUUUAUAAAUGGAGUCGAAAUUAACAUAGCAAUAUUUACUGAAGAAGUAGUAUUUGAUAAUGGUAAAAUUUAUAUGCACAUGCAAGGUGAACCAUGUGGUAAUGUCAAGCCUAAUAGUUUAACCACCAUCCAAUUUGUGUGUGAUUAUUCAGAUUCUAAACAUAUUAAUUUAAACAAGGUAAUUACCUAUUCUGAUGGUUUAAAAAACAAACUUAUCUAGAUAUAAGUCAUUUAUAAAUAGUAUUGUUUAACAACUUGAUUGGCACUCAGUUUUUCUGUAAACUUGCCAAUUUUGACACGAGACACGAUUUUGGGUUUCUUCAAAUAUUUUUCAAUUGCCAUGAGAGUAUGAGACCCAUUUCAGGAUCUCCAACAAGUGGUAAUAUAUUUCGUUUUGUUUGAUCAUAUAAUUUCUAUUCUCUUUAUCUUUGGCCUACCGCCUCCCUGGUUUCUAUGUACACCUAUCUCAACUAUUUCUUGACCAUCUUAAUAUGGUUUCUUCCACAUUCUUCAGGAAUUUAAUUGGUCUCAUUUCCCCAGUUGCCUGUAACUCCUUGGCUGCAAAGAUAUUUUUGUAUUUAUUCAUCUAUUAUUCUAGUCAAAAAUGAGUAGUUACUUAACUACUUAGACGGAAAAAAAAAAUGAAAUGUUUUAUUUGGUUUUUUUUUUAUUAAUCAGUGUUAUGGUUUAUUUACCAGGACUUACAUGAGUGUAUUUUUGAGUUCAUAAUUUAUACAAAAUAUGCAUGUACACCGCCAACUAAAACAAAUUGUACUGUAGAUGAUGGAUCUGGAAAUAUAUAUGACUUAAGUCAAUUGACUAAACUGGACAGCAAUUAUGAAAUUGCAAUUGGUCCAAAGAAAAAAAUAGUUUUAAAUGUUUGCCAUUCUGUUAUUAACAAUAACAUUGAUGGUAUUAAUUGUCAAUUUGUUAGUGGAAUUUGUUUAGUUGAUAGUAAUUAUUCAUUCAUUUCUGAUGGGUAAGAAUAAUAUUAUUUUUUUAUAGUAAUAAUCCAAAAAAUUGUUAAAGUAUGAAUGUCUUCAUCAAUUUAUUAUAACCUAGAUAUUCUUAAAUAUGUACACAAUAAUUAUAUGUAAUAAUAAAUACAUUUAGGUAUGCAAGUCUAGGUGAUGUAAACGAUGCACAAAAGGUAGGAGAUAAAAUUAUAAUAGAAAUGAAAAAUGGUUUGUAUAAUGGUUAUAUUGUUCAAUCAAUUAUUGAAUUUACUUGUUCAAAUCAAACUAGCGUAAGUAGGUUUUUAACUUUAUAUCAUUUCAACAUUUGUUUGAUUUUAAUUUUUUUAAUUUGCUAUACCACAUUUUAAAUACAAAUUCAUAUAUUUAAAAUAUAUUGCUCAUAUCAAAUUAGUAUAAAUUAGAUCUAUACAAAUGUAAUGUUCAGAUAAAGUUAUGCUUUAGAUUUAAAUUGUAUUAUUUAUAUUUUUACAUAGGGACCAUUAUUCAUGGAGUUAAAAGAUCAUAAGUUUAUAUUUAGUUGGUAUACACCAUUAGCAUGCCCUACUAAUGUACACAAAAUCAUUAACAAUCAAAUAGCCAUUUAUAGAAAAAUGUCAACACCUAUUUUAAUUAAUGGUUUAAAUUAUAGCACAUAUCUUUGUCUAAAAAAUGAUACCAAUUGCAAUUUAGGUAAAACUUGUUAAACAAUUUAUAUAGUUAUUUUAUUUUAUUAAUAAUUAUAUUGUAUUGUUUAAGUUGAAAGUAAUUCAAAUGGUUUUAUUAAUUCUGGACGCACUAUAAUUUUGACUGUCAAUGAAAAUAAAAUAAAUUACACUCUCAUACAAAGUUCUUAUUUUUAUUACUUUAUUCAUGAAAGUAACAAUACUUGUAAUGAAAAAGAAAAUGAAACAGAAAAAAUUAUUUUUUAUUUUGUUUGUGGUUUUGAGUUACAAAUGCCUAAACUUGAGAAGACAUCAUGCAUAAUUAAAGUCCUUAAUAUCGAUCCAGAAAUAUGUAGUAAAAAAGUUUGUAUUUUGAAUUUAUUUAUUUAUUAAUUAUCAAGUUGAUUAAAAAUGUUUAAUUUAAGAUUAAAUCACAAUUUAUUUUUAAUUAUGAUCUUAAAUCGUGGACUAGAUAUUUUUAAAAAACAUAUUAAGGUUAAAUUUUAGGUAUAAAACUUAAUUUGUCUUAUCUCAUGGGGUUGUUUGAUGAUAUAGGUUUAGUUAACUUUGAGCCCUGAGCUUCUACUGGUGAAAAGGCCAGGUGGGUGAUUCCAGUAAGUAUGUAGUAGUUUUCUGUAGGGUUGAGGAAUUUACCUUUUAAUUAAUAACGCCAUUCUCCUUGAAGGUAUCAGAAUAUUCCUACGACUCCUUUACCUGUUGUAAGACAAAACAAGUGAGGUUUUCAGGUUUGCAGUCAGUGUAGAACAAGAUACGGUGUCAUAAAUAAACUUUAGUAAGCAGUGACAUAAUAGACAUGGUUGAGAAUUUUAUAUUCAAAAAAACUGUCUUUUUUGAGGAUUUGAAAUCUAGGAUUAAGUGUGGCUGGAUAAAGUAGAGAGAAGCUUUGGUAUUUUAUGUGAUGAGGAAUACAACAAAAGGUGUGUUCUACAAGAUUGUAGUGAAACCAAGACAGAAAAAUAUAACAGAGAAUGAGUGUAGUAAAGAUGAUAAUGUUUAGAUUGAUGAGUAGAGUGACGAGAGAAGAUAAAAUAAGAAUUAAGUACAUUAAAGAUAAUAAUUUAGGCGUAGUCGAUAGUUGACUAAUGAUUAAUGAGAGAUAAUUGAUUGUGAUGGUUUGGGCAUGCCAUGAGGAAAGAAGAAUCUGAAGCAGUACAAAUUGUAUUAAAAAUAAAUAUAGAUAGAAAGGAAAGGGGAGAGGAAUACUGAAAUGAGUAUUAUUCAGAAUAAUAUGAGAAUCGUAGUAUGUGAGGACUAUAUGGAGGCAGGUAAAUAACUAAGCGGUGACCUAGCCACUUAGAAUAUUUAUAGGCUCCCCCAUUAUACUGUUCAAAUACUCUUUAGGAUUAUUUUUUUUAAAUUGUAUUUAUUUUAACAUAAAUUUGAUACAUAUUAUAGUGGGGAGAGGGAAAGUAAAUGUUUGCUACCAAGAAAAUUGUUGACUAUAAUUAGGCUAUACUAAUUGUGUAGUUCUUGUUGCGUGCCUGUGUGGAGAAUUAAAUCAUGAGGAAGUUUAGGACGAGGGUGGCUGACCUCAAAUAGUUAGGAUUUAUGCGAACGAGAUGAAAUAAAAAGUUACUCCUAAAGUAUAGGCAAGUUUUACAUAUAUUAAUUAUAAAAAAAAACAGAUAUAUUAUAAUGUAAUUUUCGAACAUAAAACAAUAGAAUAUAAAAUAAAUCAAAGAUACUGUAUUGUAGUUGGAAUGCAAUGCAAGUUGGUAUGAUUUAACCCCAUUAAAAGGAAAUUACAUACUUCAAAAUAAAUCUGACAAAUAUUAUAUUUCGAUGUGUAAGCCAGGAGAAGAUGGAGUUGGAAUAAUGAUGGAACAUAAUGGGAAAAAUUAUGUAAGUAAGAUGAAACUUUGUAUUAUUAAAUAUAAACAUACCGAUAAAAAUCAGCAGCAAAAUAAACCAAUAAAACGUGUUAUAAAAUUGAUUUAUUAUUAUUUAUGAAAGAAGUAUGAAAUAUUUUUAUAAUUUAUUGAUGCAUUAUUAGCUUACUUUGAUUUAUUUGGAUUAUUUUUUAGAGUAUAGGUUAUCAGGUUACUUUACCAAACACUGAAAUGAGUGAUUCAGUUGAGGUAAUUUUUAGAGGUGGUGACUAUUGUUUAGAAAAAAAAAAUGUAUCAAAAAUGUAUUCAUCUGUAAUUCGUUUAGAAUGUGACUUUUCUAAAUCCAAAGUAAAAAAAAUAUUUAUAUGAUAAUUUUUUGUUUUUUAUUUAAUUAAUUGUUUAUUUAUUAUAACUAUAGGGAUAUCCAACAUAUUUAGCUAAGUCUCAAGACAAAUGUGAGUUGCAAUUUUUAUGGAGAACUAAUCUUGUUUGCCACAGAAAAUUAGUUGAAUUUAAUAUGUCAACAUGUAAGGCAUAUAUUAAAGAUGUUUUAAAUAGUAUUAUAGAUAUGAAAAAUAUUUUGAAUACCAAUCGAGUAAGUUGUAAUUUGUUUCAAUUAAUUUUACAUAUAUAUUUUUUCUGAAUCUAGAAGAAUAUUUAUAAUAAUUUGAUUAAUUGAGUGUUAUGCUCUGUGAUUUUAGAAUCAGCUACAAUAAAUAAUAAUAUGUUAAUAUAUAUUUUUUGUAUAGUUUUUUGAUAGUUCAACCAAUAUCGUUUAUCAUGUAGAUUUCUGCAAUGCAUUUGUUUGUUUAAAUGACACAAAUUGUUUUAGAAGUAUGAAUUUGGAAUUUGAUGUUUACCGAAAACAAUUAAUUGCUCAGUUUAAAGAAAUUAAUUAUGCUAUGAGUAAUUUAAAUUUUAUUGAUAAUUAAUGUUAUUUUAUAAUUCAUUAACUUAUAAUAUCAUUAAAUAUUGUCCAUUUGAAAUAUGUUUUUGGAAUUUUGUAUUUUUCAGGUGUUAUAAAUUUGAAUAUUAAAAUAGCGUGUUCAAAUUCUAAUGAAAACUUGCAAAUUGCUAAAUUUUCAACUAAUGAUGUUAGUUGAUUUAACUUAUUUAAUAAUUUUAAAUUAAAAUUCUUGGUGAACUAUAAAUUUAAUGAUGUUAUGCAAUAAGUAACCAUUAACAUUUUUGUGAAAAACACCAGAAUACCUUGAAUAGCUUCAGAAUAUUAGAUUAUCCAUGACUAUGUUUUUUACAAUAUUGCUGGAUAAUUGCUUUUUUUACAAUGCCAUUCAAUUUUAAUAAACAAUUUUUUUUUAGGAUGGAGUAAAAGAAAUUAACACAUAUUCUAAAGAUGUAUGUUGUAUAGAUAUUGAUUGCUCAAAGGAAACAAAUAGGAAAAAAAAUAUAGUACCUUAUAAAAAUAUAAAUAUUGAAAACAAAUCAUUUUCUAAUUCAGAAAACCAUGAAUUCAGUAAAUUUAAUUUGAUGUAUGAACCAGUAGUAUCAAUUAGAAAACAAAUUGAAGCAUUUAAUAAUAACAAAACAACUUUUCAAAAAAGCUAUAGUAUGUUUUAUAAAUAUCAAUAAAUUAUAUUAUAUUAAUUUUAUAAAUUAUUUAGCACAACCAUCAUCUAACAAUCAAACUAAUAUACCGAAUAUGAAAAAAUCAGCAUCUGGUAUUCUAUUUUAUCUCUUAGGUAAUAUUUAUUUUACUAUUGUUGAUAUUUACUUAUAUUUUUUAAAACAAAAAUAUUUUACUUUUUUAAGUUUUAAAGGUACCUAAUAAUUACUCUAAUUAUAUUAGGUACUUUCAAAAAAAAAAUAACUGCUUAUAUCGUAAUAUUUAUGAUUUUCGUCAAAUUUAAUAUUACAACUCUUAUAAAACCUUGUAUUAAAUUUUCAAGUAAUUAUAUUUGGUUGGUUAAACAAUUCUAUCUACAUAGCACCAAUCAAAGAAAAACUACGUAGCUUAGUGUAAAGAGCUCAAAAAUAUUUUGAAAAUUUUACUAUGUCUACAAAGGUCCAAUAUAAGUUAUUUUUGUCAAAUUUUAAGUCUCACAAAUAUUUAUAACUGAAUUACAACAAAAAACAAUAAAAAUGAUCCCUCCCUAUGUUCAGAAUCUAAAAUUACGGCAACACAAACUCCUCAAAUUUAUUUACUAUUACCUGUCUAACUAAUAAUAUUGAAAUUGUAUGUGACACACGUUUAAAUCAUCAAUAUCCUCAACAUUAUCAUUUAUCGCAAUUGUCUCAAAGAAUAAUCGAGAUUGGUUUAUGAAUUUUUGUAUGUUAAAUAAAGAUAAUUCAAUUGUUAAUUCCUGUUUUUAAAAAUUUAAUUAAUUAUUUCGAUUACUGUACCCAAAUUACACCAAACUUAAAUUAUAAUAUUGUAAAAAGGAUUCUGGAUUUAUUAUUUAGCUUAUGUUCUGAUUUAAAUGUGAUAAUAUUUAAUAUUUAGAAAAACAAUAAAAAAAGUAAUAAUUCUUGAAUGUAAUACCAUUUAUAUUCUAAACCAUAUUUUUCUUACAUUACAUAUAACAAAUGUCUUAUGUUUGUUUAAUUUAGGGGUAAUAUUAUUGAUAUUGUUAUUGGGAAUUUGGUUUUAUCGAUGGAAAUUAUUGAAAGAAGUACGGAGAAUAUUGUUGUCAUCUUCAUAUGUAAGUCAUAAUGUAAUAAUAAUUAUCCCUAAGACUUAAGUCAUAUAAAAACUGUAUAGAUUAUAGUAAACUUAUUCCAUUCUCUCAAUUAAUUCAGUAUAGAUGCAGGGUCAGCACAAAUUAAUGAAAACAGGUGUCAAAAUAGAGUCAUAAGUGAAUUUUAAGUAUUUUUCAUAUUACUGCGUUAAAAAAUUCAAAUUUAAAUAGGUUUUACUUACUUAUAUAAAAUAAUAACACUAAAUAAUUUAACUUUCCGUUAAAUCUUAUUUAUGUUAUUUAUUACUUAAAAAUUUUGCAAUUAUUUUAUAUCUUAUUUGUUUUUAUAUUUUAAUACUAAUAUUUUUCUAAGAAAUUCAUAAAUUGAUAUUUUCAAAUUUUAAUGUUUCAGAUUAGAAGACGAAUAAGCCGUCAUACUUGGAUUCCAAUUAAUCAACGUGAUUUAUAA